UCCUGGCUAAGAGUAAGACUUGGAAAAGAGACACGCGCGUCAUCAACGGUCCUAACCGUCGCCUCAGAAAGCGGAAUAAAUAAUUCAUUUUAUAAUUCAGCAAAUAAAAUCAGAAGAAAGAAGAAACUUAUAGUUUGAACAGCAAAACAGUAAUGUGAAAGAGAACAUUUCCUGCACUGUUACUAGAAGAAACUGGAGAUGAGGCUUGUGGGAUUCUGGAGGACGGGGCACGCCUGUCUGUUGCUGGCUGCAGUGCUUCAGUUACUUCUGACUGGCGCUAGAGCUGACAGGGCCUGGAACCAGUACAUACCACGACUGCAGCUCUCACAUACAGAGCUGCAGUCAAUGAACAGUUCUGCCAUGUUCUUGCCCAGUGGUGCAGGGGUUAAAGGGUAUUACGAGGUUUUGCUGUUGGAUGAGGAUCGUGGCUGGCUGCUUGUUGGAGGAAAAGACCACGUCUACAUGCUGAACUCUGAGAGUCUGACCCAGAUUACACACAAGAUUUACUGGCCAGCUGGAAGGGAACAUACUGAACGCUGCAAACAUGCAGGGAAGAAUCAGUCGACUGACUGUGCCAAUUUUGUGAGGCUACUUCAACCAUUCAACAAAACUCAUGUGUAUGCAUGCGGAACAGGGGCGUACCACCCUAUGUGUACAUACAUUGACCUGGGCCACAAUGUCGAGGAACCUGCGCUUAGACUGUUGAGCAAUGCUGUCGAGUCCGGGAGAGGGAAAUGUCCUUUCAGUCCACAUGAGCCUUUUACUGCUCGACUCACUGAUGGAGACUUGUAUGCGGGAACGUCGGUGGACUUCAUGGGAAACAAUGCAGCCAUAUUCCGUAGCUCUGUGCACACAGCCAGUCAGCACUACAUUCGCACUGAGGCUUAUAAUGACCACUGGCUCAAUGAGCCAGAAUUUGUGGGCUCAUUCUCUAUCCCAGACACACACAGCUUAAAUGAUGACAAGGUCUAUUUCUUCUUCAAGGAAACGGCUGUGGAGUCCAACCAGCUGGAUAAGCGCAUCUAUAGCCGGGUGGCUAGAGUGUGCAAGAAUGAUGUUGGUGGCAAGAGGAGUCUGAUUAAUCGCUGGAGUACCUUCCUCAAGGCCAGGCUGGUCUGCUCAGUGUCAGGGCCAGGAGGCAUGGACACAUACUUUGAUGAGCUGGAGGAUAUAUUUCUUUUGGAGACCAAAGAGCCACAAAACCCAGUUAUAUAUGGAGUCUUCUCAACUUCGAGCUCUGUCUUCCGGGGCUCAGCUGUAUGCGUCUACUCAAUGGCGUCUAUCCGAGCAGCUUUCAAUGGGCCCUUUGCUCACAAAGAAGGCCCUGACUAUCGCUGGGUGGAGUACAAAGGCAGGAUCCCAUAUCCACGUCCAGGGACGUGCCCAAGUGAGACGUACGACCCAUUGCACAAGUCUACCCGUGACUUUCCUGAUGAGGUUAUGAGCUUUAUGAGAGGCCACCAACUGAUGUGGGAGCCGGUCGUGCCGAUUCACAGGCGGCCUCUGUUUACUCAGAUCAAUGUCCCCUACAGGCUAAAGAAGGUGGUAGUGGACAGGGUGGACGCCGAAGACGGGCAAUACAGUGUUCUGCAUUUGGGUACAGAUGAUGGCAAGGUUUUGAAGGUGGUAUCCAUUCCCAAGGAGAACCGGGAAUCUGAGGAAAUCAUAUUGGAAGAGCUGAGUGUGUUUCAGAGUCCUAUCCUUAGCAUGGAGCUUUCCACCAAGAGGCAAGCUCUAUUCGUAAGCAGUGAAGAUGCAGUAGCUCGGUUACCCCUGCAGCGGUGUGAGCUCUAUGGGAAAGCUUGUGCUGACUGUUGCCUGGCCCGGGAUCCUUAUUGCGCCUGGGACGGCACCACCUGCACCAAUUAUUUCCCCACUAACAAGAGACGUUCCCGUAGACAAGAUGUGAAGCACGGCGACCCAUGGAGCCAGUGUCAGGAUCUGGGAGAUGGUGCUGAGGAAAUCGAGCUGAAGGUGGUUUAUGGAGUAGAGAACAACUCGACUUUUCUGGAAUGCAUGCCACCUUCAUCACAAGCGACAAUCAAAUGGAUCAUGCAGCAAAAACACAGCCAGAGCGCUAAAGAGCUGCUUCCUGGUGAAGACAUCAUCCUCACAAAACGAGGUCUCCUCUUGCAGCGGAUAACUUCCUCAAAUGCUGGCCUCUUCCUGUGUACAGCUCACGAGCACGCUUUUUCUCGCACGCUAGCUCGCUACAAUCUGCAAGUCAUCUCUGAGCAACAUGUAUCAACUACACGCAGCACUCAUCACUCUGACUCCAAAGUAGGUGGCAACUACGUACCAUCUUCGCUUAGCUACAAAGACCUGCAUCUCAUUGGCGUUAGCGGUCUAACAGCCGACGAGUACUGCGAGCAACUGUGGUACCGCGAGAAAAGGAGACAGCAGAAACUACGCACACUAAAGUGGAAGCAGACGGCAGAGAACCGCAAGGCUCGAGUUCGCCGGCAAAAUCCACCAAGCGAGCCACUUCAGUGAAACCACAGUUAGAGACAUUUGAGGAAAAAAAAAGGACAUUUGGGUGUGUCUUGGAAGAACAUGAUGCUCUAGAAUUAGCCACUUUAGCCUUGUUACUGUUGAUUACUUUAAGGAUUCAGAUUACAAAUCCAUCCUAAGACAUAAAUGUUGGUGACCUAAUGUUUAGAACAUUUUUUUUCUAGGAAACCUGAUCUUUUGCCAUCGAAACAUGCACAGCAUUAUAUAUGGGCAUAUUAGAAAAUAAUUAAGAACAACUGAGUGAGAGACAAAGUAAAAAAAAAAAGCCUUUGAAUGGUUAGAUGAGAGAUUUCAUUAUGAUUGAGCAUAAACACCAGAGUUCUGUUCUGUUGCUGUGCCCUAAGCGAUGCUUUAAUCAGUAUCAGAGGUGGACAGAUCAUAUAUUCAUUAGCAAGCUCACUGAGUAAGGGUCUGCAGUGGACUACUUCCUAAUUACCACAUCCUGUGUCCUGAAAAUGCUGCACUUAAUAUCACAAUCAAAUGUAGAAGGUAUAAAGACCUAAAAAAAAUCAGACAUUGUCCUAAAACUAAGAUCUGAGGAGCAAGGAUUCUUAGAUAAAAAGCAAAAAAUGUGUGUUUUGGCCUGGAAAAACCCUUAAAUUUGCAAUAUUAUCCAACAACAUGAUCAAAGCUUGACAUUAUCUGUGUGAGGAAAUCACGCUGUGACAACUCAUUCAUUCAUCUGACUAAUUAUAAUCCUUGAUCCUUACUGGAUGAUGUAAAGAUCUUUUAUCGUUUUGGGCACCAGACUGUGUUAUAGACAGAAACAACUUCAUGGAGCCAUCAGACAGGUUUUCCCAGACAAUGUCAAAUAUGUUAUGCGCUAUUAAUCCUGACAGGAUAAUAUAAAUUACUUAUACAAGUAGUUCAUUUUAAUAGUUAGAACACAUUGCUCGUCUUUCGUGUGAUUGUGAACCGAACAAAAAUGAACGUCCUGACACAGCUGCAGGAUUCAUUAUUAUCCUAUAUGCAUUGUUUGAGAUGUAUUAUUUUGUAGUUAAUGGUUAUGCAUCGGUGUACACUCAGUGUCAUGCUUCUACUAGAAUAUGUUUUGUGCUGCACUGAUGGUGUUUAAUUGUACUUAAUAAAAUCCAGAAGAAUGUGGGCCAUUAAUUGCAGGGCUGGUUAGUAAUAUUUGUGUCUUCAGGACAGUUAGUAGCUUUGAUGCCAUAAAACACAGCUGUAUUUAGAGCUAAGGUUGGUAUCUGUGCAGAGUUUGAAACUGAGUAUGUUUUCCUGUUUCUCCUUUGGGAUCCUCUGUCUUCCAAAAAACAUGUACUGUAAGGACAUAGAUUUGUAACUGUAAUUUGCCCCAAGAUUUGAAUUGGAGUGUGUGAUGUGUGUGCACAUAGUGCCCUCUUAUGGACUGGUGUCCCUCCAGGGUGUGUUCCUGCCUUACACGCAAUGUCUCUGAAACCUCCACAAAGCCUGAUUAAGAUGAAAAGAUUACUGAGCAUGAAUGAUGAAUCCAAGUAAAGAAAAUCUGGAACUAUAAGAAAUCAUAUUCUGCUUGUGUACCAUCCGAUUGUGUCACCUCCUGGUAAAAGCUUUAAAAAGCCACAUCUAAGGCAUAGUGACAUUGCUAAUAGGCUAAUUCUGGAAUAAAUGACCUACUGUAACACACAGGCAAACAAUCUGUCAGACAAAUACGACCCCGCUUCAUGUAUAUUUAAUGUCGCAUAGAUUCAUAUAUCAGUGUUAUGUGUUAUGAACUUUUGAAAUACAACAGAUCUGAUCUGACCAUAGCAGGUGUCUCUGGAGGAAACUCCUCAUACCUCGUAAGCACACCAGAAUGUUAAUCUCUUACUUGGAACACUGUUCUUUCCUAAGUCAUAAGAAAUUCAUAAGAAAAUAAGUGCCAGUAAGGUUGUGGUACCAGUUAGCAUGGUCCAGUUAGCACGGUCUCGUUUGAUCUUGCCUUCCUUCACUGCUAACAAUAUUAUCCUUUUUUUAAUGGUUAAGUAAUGCUUUAAGUCUCUCAUACUGUAAUGAUCAUUUAUUAUACUGUGGUGUGCUGGAAGAGUUUCCUUUGGGCCACACAUUUUCAUAAAGGGAACAUCAAAGUAUUGCGGCAUCUGGGAGAAAUGAGCAUGAAGUACAGUGGACAGAAUUCUUUUUUUAAAAAAGGGUUAACCGAGUUUGGUCACUACUCAGGAAAAUGGCUUCCAGGCUAACUGGACCACAGUAAAAGGGAUUUCUUUCUUCUGAUCUUGACAGGCUAAUAGGAAAGCAGCAUCCAAACUGGCCUGAUGUUUGCAAGAUAGACGAAAGCAAACCGGCAACAAAUAUGUGACACAUUAUAGAAAAUUCUGCAUCUUAUAAACGUUGUUUAAUCUUUAAUCAGAUCUCUGCGUUUUGCAUUACAACAUUUUUUCCUUGUCCACAAUUACAGGUAUAAUAUAAAGAUUUUAUGUUCAACAACAUAUUUACUCAAUCAGUUCAUUGUACUGUUUUGUGCUGAAUAAAAUGUCAUGUUAUCUUCAUGUGAUUUGUAUGAUGUAAACGUCAUGCUUAUAAGUUAUAAAGUCAUCCAGUGUGUGGUUUUGAUGAAUACAUGUGCGUAUCGUAACACUAAGCUGAUACAGACUCAAGAUGUUUUGAGCAACUCUUAACAGCGUGGUUGUUCGUUUCCAUCUGAUGUUUAUUUUUACUCUGGUGUGCAUCAUUAAUAGAUUUCCAUUUACGUAUAUCGUUAGAUCACAACAUCAACCAGUGACCUCCUGCUAAAAUGUGUGACAUCAUUAUUGACUCUAAGCUGUUACAUUUUAUUAACAAUAUAUAUAUAAUUUAUGGUUUAUGUUUUACUUUACAAGACUUCUGCAAAUCUUUUUGAUGAAAUGACAUUUUAGUUUUCUUCUAUCAUCUAAAAUGACACAUUUAUCUCGUUGUGUACAGAUUUUCUUGUUCUAAACCUUUCUCUAUAAACUAAUAUUUGUGUGAAAUCAAUUAAAAUAUUUCCCACAUUUA